UUUACCCACGCCUUUACGUAUUUCAGGUCUACAGGUGCGCCUGCAGGUUCAAGCGCUGCCUCUGGCAGCAGUCGAAGACUUCAGCAGACGCAAAAUCAAGUGGAUGAGGUGGUGGACAUCAUGAGAGUCAAUGUGGAUAAGGUCCUGGAAAGAGAUCAGAAGCUCUCUGAGUUAGAUGACCGUGCAGACGCACUGCAGGCAGGAGCUUCCCAAUUUGAAACAAGUGCUGCCAAGUUGAAGAGAAAAUAUUGGUGGAAGAAUUGCAAGAUGUGGGCCAUAGGGAUCAGUGUCGUGGUCAUCAUCAUCAUCAUCAUCGUCGUGUGGAGUCUUUCUUAAUGAAGAACCAGUGGAACUCCAGCCUGCUGUUCAAGAAACCUCUUCAAGACUUUGACUUAGAACCUGCUACAUUAUCAAGCUUACCUACUGUUAUAUCUAAAAUGAUUCUUUUCUGUUAGUUAAUGUCAAGUUUGAUUUCUAGGAAAUGUGCCUUUGUUUUUUAAUAUGCACUCCAAACCAGAAGUGUAGUCAGCCCAGCUCGCAUUUUGCACAGUGCCUUUACAAAUUUAUAUAGGGGCUGAUGAAGAGGACUUCUUAAGUUCCAGAGUGUUAUAACCUAGCAGUAACAUUGUCUGAUUAAUUGCCGUUAAUUCCAGUGAAGGGAAUUUGUUCCACGUUAGCUGUCCUUGUCAAUAUGACGUUAUCCUCAGAACCAUAGUUUAAACCUUUCAGAUUUCCAAUUUGUGCCUUCCAGAAAGAACACUACUGCCUAACACAAAUCUGUGACAAUAUCAGGCUGUGCCUUAUUUUGCUUUUUCUGAUUCCCUGUAAGAGAAACCUAUACUGUUUAUAAGCACUACUGACUCUUUCGCUGUAUUUAAAAUAAGAUGUUGGUAAAGAGUUUUUGCUCUUA